AUGUCUUGUCGUUCACAGCUCUUCCGUGCCCUCAGAGCGCCCACCUCUGGUAGCAGGAGGACUGCUUCUCUGAGGGCCAAUGCUCUCGGUAGAAGCCUCGUCUACUCACAGUCGCCUGCUAGAUGCCUUUCAACCACAGCCGCGAGGCUCGUUUCCCCCACACGGGCUCAGCAUGGCAAGCUGACAUCGGAGAUGUACCCCCAGCUCGAGCGCGACUCACGGUUCGCUCAGGUAACGCCUGAACAUGUCGCGCGCUUCCGGGAGAUCUUGGGUGACAACCCCUCGGCCAUUAUCGAUGGUGUCACAAGCGGAGCGGGCGUAGACGCUGCCGACUUUGAGACGUACAACGAGGAUUGGAUGCACAAGUACAAGGGCCAGUCCAAGUUGGUGCUGAGACCAGGCACCACCGAGGAAGUCAGCAGCGUCCUCAAGUACUGUAACGAGCAGCGUCUGGCCGUCGUACCCCAGGGUGGAAAUACAGGCCUCGUGGGGGGUUCUGUCCCUGUUUUUGACGAGAUCGUCAUUAGCAUGGCCCGCAUGAAUGAGAUCCGCUCCUUUGACGAGGUUAGCGGCUCUCUAGUUAUCGACGCUGGCUGUGUCCUCGAGGCUGUCGAUACGUACCUUGCCAAAAAGGGUUAUAUCUUUCCUCUCGACCUCGGUGCUAAGGGUUCUUGCCACGUCGGUGGAAACGUAGCCACAAACGCUGGCGGCCUGCGAUUGCUCCGUUACGGUAGCUUGCACGGCACUGUUCUUGGUGUUGAGGCCGUUCUGCCUAACGGCACCAUUAUCAAUGACCUGUGCACCCUGCGCAAGAACAACACUGGCUACGAUAUUAAGCAGCUCUUCAUUGGAGCUGAGGGGACUUUGGGUAUUAUCACAAAGAUCGCCAUCCAGUGCCCACAGCGAUCACCUGCAGUUAAUGUCGCCGUUUUUGGACUGGAGUCAUACGAAAAGGCUCAGCUUGCUUUCCGUGAGGCUAAGAAGCAGCUGUCAGAGAUUCUAUCUGCCUUUGAGCUGAUGGACGGUCGCAGUCAGAGAAUCGUGUCAGAGGUCAAGGGUCAAGAGCACCCUCUCGAGGGUGAGUAUCCUUUCUACUGCCUGAUCGAGACGAGCGGCUCAAACAGCGAGCAUGACUACGCAAAGCUCGAGGCCUUCCUCGAGGAUGUCAUGACUCGCGAGGUUAUUGCCGAUGGUGUCGUUGCUCAAGACGAAACACAGCUUCGCAACUUGUGGGGCUGGCGUGAGGGCAUCACCGAGUGCCUGGGCCACUGGGGCGGCACCUACAAGUACGAUAUCUCAAUCCCUCUCAGCGAGAUGUACAAGCUCGUUGAAGAUACAAAGGCCCGUAUGACUGAGGCCGGUCUAUUGGGCGAUACACCCGACCACCCAGUCGUUGACGUCCUCGGCUAUGGCCACAUGGGCGAUUCCAACCUGCAUCUUAACAUCCCCGUGCGCCGAUACGAUCCCGCCGUCGAGAAAGCCUUGGAACCUUGGGUGUAUGAGUGGAUUCAGAAGCGCAACGGCAGUAUCAGCGCUGAGCAUGGCCUGGGAAUUGCCAAGAAGAAGUUUAUCGGCUACAGCCGAGACGACACCACUAUCGGUGUGAUGAAGCAGAUUAAGAACCUUUUUGAUCCUCAUAGGUUAGUGUCAAUCCUCCAAGUGCAAAUAUGUAGGGCUGCAUACCGCUGCUUCCUCUACUAUCCUGUUCUUGAUAGGAGGACAAUGUGGGCUAACACCUCAUGGUCAUUUGGAAUCUGUCAUUCUCACCCUAUGCCAACUGAAGCCAUUACUACCCUUCCACACAUGCUGUGCUUCCCUGUCAGCCUUAUGGGGCUGCUGCACUUUAGAAACACGUUCUCCACACAUGCCGAUGCGCUAAACCGAAAGUUCUUCUUUAUACGGCUCUGCCGUGGACCAUUGCCCAUUGACAUCGUCACUCAUACCCUUGUGCCAGUUGAUUCCAGACACAGCCCAUUUCGUCAUAUCAUCGAGCCCCAGCCCCUACCAGCCAAGUCAAGGCAAGCAGGCGGAAAGGAAUGCGAAGGGUACCAGAGGGAACGAGUCUUCAUCACCGGAACACCGCAGAAUAAGGGGAGAGUCGCCUCCCAUCCCAAGAAGGGGUCGCCGUCCAAGAAGAAAGGGUCGCCGUCAUUCAAAGAACCGCCAAGAGCUCUCGACCUUACCCCAACCCAGCCUCUUACUUCGGCUUGGGAUAGCCAUGCACUAAUUUCGAACCAUGGUGCUGAGUAUUCAGUUCUCGUCUCGGCCAUCAACGCUAGGCUCCCCUAUCCAUUGCCGAACAACUCCGCUCUGGAUGAGCCAUCGUCGCCUUUCCAGAUCACCUUUCCGCCAUACACACCGACUGAAAUACAGCCUUUGUCAGGUGGAGGAGACCUCGACGUUAGGGCACAAUGUUUGGCGCGAAUACCAAGUGUUCAUGAUCAAGAUGACUCGGCACAGAGUUAUUGUGUCUUCUUUUUCGAGUCGUUGACUCCUGUUAGCAUGAAGCAGCAUAUGCGUUCGGCGAAUCUGGAUCCAAUCGACUAUUGGAGAACGAUUCCGUGGCAAAGCCAUCCAAAGUCUCUUCUGGACAGCCUCCUGGACUACGUCCUUUUCUUGCCAGCAAUUCUUGCUCAAGUCGAUCGUAUCACACCUAUGGAAGCCACGCUCAGUCGAAGAUACCAUGCUCAACAGCUUCUUCGCAAUUGUCUUUCGCUUCAAAAACAAUUCAAUGCUUGGUUCCAGGUGGCAACCCGACCCAGUUACGGAUAUCCCAUGGCUUACUGGGCCGAUGAAUUCAGCAACCCCGGUGGUCUUCUUCCAUUCUCAAAUUUGUACACCUUUAAAGACGGAAGCACCGGGCUUGCACUCCUGUAUUACUGGAUGACACAAAUUAUCUUUCAUCGAUGCAUUGAGAAUCUGCAUCGAAUCAUUUAUCAGCCGGCCAUUGAUGCAUAUCCAGAUAUGUGGCCCAAUUUGCCGUAUGACUUGCAGAUUGAUAUCACUCAAUAUCAGCAUGGGUGCCUGUUUGCUGAGGACAUUUGUCGCGGGCUCGAUUCAGUCCUCCACGAGACGGAUCAGCCUGACAUGCUGAUCUUGCCGAUGAAAGUAGCGAUGGACUUUUAUAAAGACAUCCAUGCGACUUCGCAGGACGGCCUUAUGGAGAUAAUGUGGAUCGACAACUUCCGAUCGCGAUUAGCUGAGAAAGGGCAGCAUGUUGCUGGUGUUUUGCAAAGUCAGAAGUGGUCUGAAGUUGCAACUUUCUGA